CGCAAUGUGUUUUUUCUCGGCCCUGGCUGUUUGGAGUGUUUGCUUCUUGUUGUCACAUUAAGGAGCGCAAAUAAGAGGAAAACGACAGCGUUAACCCACUAGACCUGUCGCAUGAGGUUGCUGGGUGAGUCCCUUCCUGCCAUGAGCGCUGACCACCAGGUGCUGAGUCCCCCUUCCUUGUGCAGUUGAUGGAUCUGCAGCUGGCCCAGAGAUGACAGACAGCGUCAGGGCUUUCCUCCGCUAUGUUGCGACGGGGAUCAAGGACUCCAUACUGGGGAUUGGCACGAUCUCCAAGCUGGAUGCCCGCAUUCAGCAGAAAAGAGAGGAGCAGCGGAGGAGAAGGGCCAGUGGGGCUUUGGCACAGAGGCGGGCACAGAGUGAAGAACGGAAACCUGAGAAUGAACCAAAAGUGGCUAGCAGAAUCUUUCAGUGUUGUGCCUGGAAUGGGGGAGUGUUCUGGCUCAGUCUGUUUCUCUUCUAUCGGGUGUUUAUUCCACUGCUGCAAACACUGACUGCAAAAAUCAUUGGUGACCCCUCCCUUCAUGGCAGUGUUUGGUCCUGGUUAGAGUUCAUUCUCACAUCAGUCUUUAGUGCUCUCUGGGUUCUCCCCCUGUUUGUCCUCAGUAAGAUCGUCAAUGCCAUUUGGUUCCAGGAUAUAGCUGAUUUGGCCUUUGAGGUGUCCGGUUGUAAAGCUCAGCCGUUUCCCAGUGUUAGUAAGAUCAUCGCAGACAUGCUCUUCAACCUCCUUCUCCAAGCUCUGUUUCUCAUUCAGGGUAUGAUCGUCAGUCUCUUCCCCAUUGAUGCCAUUGGACAGAUAGUUAGUCUGCUGCACAUGUCCCUGCUGUACUCCCUCUACUGCUUUGAGUAUCGCUGGUUCAAUCACGGAAUUGAAAUGCAUCAGCGCCUUUCCAAUAUUGAGAGAAACUGGCCUUAUUACUUUGGUUUUGGUUUACCCAUGGCUCUGUUGACUGCGCUGCCCUCAUCGUACAUUAUAAGUGGCUGUUUGUUCUCCAUUCUCUUUCCCCUGUUCAUCAUCAGUGCAAAUGAAGCUAAGACGCCAACACAGCUGUACCACUUCCAGCUGCGUCUCUUCUCCCUCGUCGUGCUAAUUAGCAACAAACUCUUUCACAAGACGGUCCAUCUGCAGUCGUCCCUGACAUCAUCUGCCUCCUCAGAUCGACUGGCCACGCCCCACACCUCCCCAUCUCGCCAGCGCCCCCUACCCGCCCAGUGAGGGAUCUGAUGAAGGACACAAAAUGCAAGCCACCUCACACACUGUGAAAAAGAGGUUCUGUCUGAAGGAUUGUUUGGGAAAAGAAGGGUUAAGAUGUUUUAACUCCCCCCAAGGCUCUGUGGAGUUUAAUCUGCAGCACCUGGCAUCAACAUAUACAGCAGUGUGACACAACAAUCGACUGCCCUGUGCCUCACACUCAAAAACACAUUAUAUGUUCUGUUUUUGACUUUCUUUGGUGACUUUUGUUUUAUCUUUUGUAUAAUGUGCCAUUUGAGUGACUCUCCUUUAAUAAAUUACAGCACAAGAAACCACAGAGGUUGAUUAUGUAAAAUAAUACUAAAGAGAGAACAUUUUACAUUUGAGGGGCUUUCAUAGAAAACAUCCAUUCUAUAUGUGCAUUCAGUUGGGUGACAUUUGUGUUAAGGCUUUCUUGCACAUUAAAAAAACGUUUGAUUUCCAGUUUCCCCUGGGCAAGGCUUCAACUCUUCUAGAGUUUUAUAAAAGGGAUAGACCAUAUAAUACUGAAAAUGAAUAAAAAGGUAAAGCUUUUGUCUCAUCACGCAUGGGAGAUUGCAUGAUUGAGGUGAAUUGUAAAAACAAAAAUUUACACCAGCAAAGACACAUUUUAGUCUGCGUAUUGUUCAAAAUUGCAAAGACACUGCCAAACCUCUCCUUUCUGUGCAUUUUAACUACUAAACAUGCUGUGUUCUUAGCACAUCAUUGCUUGGCUGUAAAGGGCAGCAUUGAAAAAAAGCCCAUCCUAAUAGUAGGUGGGUAGCCUUAACAUGCCUGUUUUUACAUCUGAGCCUGACACAAAUGCUUACAUUUUAGUACUGUUUGCUGUUGAUUUGUUGUAGUACAAAUGCAAUUGUUGAAGUGACCCCUGAGCUACUGAGAUGUGCUCAAAAUUUAAGAAGAGAGCAUUUACAAUAUCAAGUACAGAUGCACAUGGAGGAGGCUGGUGAUGCUUGUAAGAUUUUUGUAAAGUACUAGUAAGUUUCAUUUCAAUAAAAUAACAGUAUUUAA